AUGAAUACUUCAACGAUGUUUGAUGGGUUUGAUCCAAUUCCAACUUAUGAUUCUUAUUAUAACACAUCUCCUAGAUCUUCUUCUUUUGCUAUUACUGCUACUAAUUCUAUAGCUACUACUACUAAUAAUUAUUAUCCACUUGAUAUGGUUAUUGAUGAUGCUUCUGAAAGUUCAGGAAGUAUAUCAAGUAUUCUUACUAAUAAAUAUUGUACACCAAGAUCAUUAUCAAGAGUUCAAUCAAUUGAACUGGAAAUUGAUGAUAUUCCAUUAAAUUUUAAACCAAAUAUUUGGUCUCCAAAUUAUAAAACUGGUUAUUCAACUUGGUUAAUAAAUGAAACUGAAAUUCUUGCUAGAUUAGAUAAUUUCAAUUUUAAUAAUUAUCAUCAUUAUAAUAAUAUGAAUAAUAAUAAUAAUGGUAUUCCUUCUGAUCCUUCAAGUCCAUUGACCUCGAACUCAAUGACAACAACAACAAGUAUUCCUGGUAUGAAUGAUGUUUCAGCCUUAGUUCAUACUAAUUUUAAUAAACUUAUACAAGCUGGUUCACAACAACAACCGGUACCACCACCACCAGCACCACCACCAAAUUGUCUUACUUUUAGAUCUUAUAAAAGUACAAUAUUUACCGUUCCUAAAAACUCAAAAUUCUUUGUUAUAAAAUCCUACAAUAUUCUUGAUGUUAAUGCAUCUUUCACUCAUAAUAUCUGGACAUCAACAGAAUUAGGUAAUAAAAGAUUAGAUAAAGCUUAUAAAGAAUUACAAAUCUCUGGUAAUCCCGAUUAUGAUGGGAAAAUAUUUUUAUUCUUUCUGGUUAAUUCCCUGGGUAAAUUCUGUGGAAUAGCAGAAAUGAAAAGUAGUUUAGAUUAUGAAAAAACUAGUGAUAUUUGGGUAGAACAAACUAGAUGGAAAGGUAUUUUCCCAGUUGAAUGGUUAUUAAUUAAAGAUGUACCAAAUCGUUUCUUUCAACAUUUAAAAAUUCCUUCAAAUGAAAAUAAACCAGUAACUAAUAGUAGAGAUACUCAAGAAAUUCCAUUUGAUAUUGGGAUUUCAAUGCUUAAAAUAAUUAGCUCUUUUAGAACAAAUGAAUAA